GGAGACUUCCUGCCAAGAUGGUACGUGUGUCUGUGCUACGUGAUUGCCUCAACUCAAUCUUGAACGCCGAGAAGGCCGGUAAGAGGCAGGUCCUCGUCCGACCUUGCUCUAAGGUUAUCGUCAAGUUCUUGCAGGUUAUGCAAAAGAAUGGCUACAUUGGCGACUUCGAGAUCGUCGAUGACCACCGUGCCGGCAAGAUCAUUGUCAACCUCAACGGUCGCAUCAACAAGUGCGGUGUUAUCUCCCCUCGCUUUGAUAUCGAGACCGGUGAUAUGGAACAGUUGGCUUCCGAUCUGUUGCCUUCCCGCCAGUUCGGCCACGUUGUCCUCACUACUCCUUACGGCAUCAUGGACCACGAGGAGGCCCGUCGUAAGCAUACUGGUGGCAAGGUCGUUGGCUUCUUCUUCUAAAUCUAUGGGUUAUCAUUAACCUUCGACGACGACGAAGAGAGGUCAUACGCCACCGCUUGUGUAGCAGCCACUGACUCUCUCGGGUUUCGAAGGAGGUUUCUCCAGG